AAGAAGCCUUUUGUUCUGGGUCACGAAACGUCAGGAAUCGUUCACCGUGUCGGUGAGCGGGUGGUGGGUCUGGCGGUGGGCGACCGCGUCGCGCUCGAACCAGGGGAGGGUUGUCUCCGCUGCGAUCACUGCAAGUCUGGGCACUAUGCUCAUUGCGACAAUAUGAAAUUUGCAGCUGCCUUGGGCAGAGACGGCACGCUGCAAGGGUUCUACACCUUGCCUGCUGAUUUAUGCUACAAGCUCCCUCAGGGCAUGACUUUGGACGACGGUGCUUUGAUUGAACCCCUUGCUGUAGCAGUCCAUGCUAUAGUCCACGCUGCAGAUCUCAAGCCCAAUACCAACAUCGUGAUCUUCGGAGCCGGACCUGUGGGCUUACUGACAAUGGCUGUAGCCAAGGCCCUCGGCGCACGCAAAGUCUACCUGGUCGACGUCAACCCGUCUCGGUUGGAGUUCGCCGAAUCGUACGUGCCCGGUGUAGCUACGUACUGCGCACCCCUGCCGGCCAAAGGGGAGGAGAACAGUGUAUACGCCCAGCGUCAGGUACGUGUUCUACUUUCCUCCGUCGGACCAAAUCUGACCCGCCAGGCUACUGCUUUGGAGUCUACUUUCGAUAUGAGCGGACGAGAGGCGAUUGAUCUUGUCGUGGAGUGCAGCGGAGCUGAGAGUUGUGUGCAGACCGGCCUGCUGCUACUCAGAAAGCGGGGCACUUUUGUGCAGGUCGGCAAUAGCAAGCCCUAUGCCAACAUACCCCUUCUCGCAGUCAUCAACAAGGAGCUGACCGUGCGGGGCUCAUUCAGAUACGGGCCUGGCUGCUUUUCUAGCGCGAUUGACCUGGUCUCUCGAGGGCUCAUCUCGCUCAAACCGCUCAUCACGCACAAAUACGAGUGGGCAGAUGCAGUACAAGCGUACGAGACUACCACAGCGGCGAAGGGACCGGACGGGAGGGCCGCGAUCAAAGUGCUGAGUGAGUCCAUAAUCUCCGAUUGCAGUAUCGAGAUAUACUGA